AUCGGUAUUACCAUGCAGUAUAUAACCGGCAUGUAAUCUCAUCACAUGAGUAUUUGCAACGAUGGGUUGGUUACACCCACUCAUCUUAGCCCUUGUGGUGGUGUUAGUCCAAGAGUCCGUUGGACACCCAAAAGAAGAUGUAGUGUAUCUGAUCCACGAGUUGGAUGACCCCAGCAAAAGUUACAAGGCCAGCAAUGGUAUCAAGGAGAAAGUAGCCCCCCAGUCUUAUCUAUUGUCGGAUCCCAUACCUAUUGACCAAGCAGGAGAUGGAGUGUACUUCAGGCCUGAGGAUGGCAAAGCUCUGAAGGAACCACAGAAGCUGCAAGUGCCAACUCCCAAGACCCUGUCUCGUAAACGGCGAACAUUGAAGGGCCCUGGUCUGCUAGGUGGGAUUUUGGGCAUAGGAAAAGGAGGCGGUGGAGGAUUCGGAGGAGGAUAUGGAGGAGGUUUUGGAGGAGGCGGUGGUGGAGGAGGUGGAGGAGGCGGUGGAUUUGGAGGCGGAAGUGGUUACGGAGGAGGUUUUGGAGGCGGCAGCGGAGGCGGUGGAAACACAGGCGGAUUUGGUGGAAGUCAUGGUGGAAGUUACACAGAUGGAGGCAGCUCCGGCACAGGAGGUGGAUACGGUGGUGGUAAGGGAGGAGGGUACGGAGGAGGAACUGGUGGAGGAUAUGGCGGAGGCAAAGGAGGAGGUUCCGUUGAUAUAAUAGUAGUGCCGGUUGAUAAAGGCUAUGGCGGUGGCGCUGGAGGAGGACACGGAGGUGGAAUUGGAGCAGGUGGAGGAGCUGGAGGGGGAUCUGGAGGAUAUGGAGGCGGAUCUGGAGGAUAUGGAGGGGGGCACGGUGGAAGUGAUGGCUUUGGAGGAGGAAAAGGAGGCGCUGGGGGAUUUGGAGGCGGAGGAUCGGGAGGAUACGGAGGCGGAGGAUCAGGGGGAUACGGAGGCGGUAGUGGAGGAUACGGAGGUGGCAGUGGAGGAUACGGUGGAGGAAGUAGCGGAGGAUAUGGAGGAGGGAGCUCUGGAGGUUUUGGAGGAGGCGGUGGCCAAGGAGGAGGUGGAGGCCUAGGAGGUGGUGGAGGUAUCGGUGGUGGUAAAGGAGCUGGAGGAUAUGGAGGAGGAAGCAGUGGAGGAUAUGGUGUAGGAGAAUCUGGCGGAUUUGGGGGAAGCGGAGGGCUUGGAGGAGGUGGAGGAUUUGGAGGGGGUCUUGGCGGCGGCAAAGGAGGUGCUGGUGGAUAUGGAGGAGGCGGUAGCGGAGGUUAUGGAGGUGGAAGGGGUGGUUGCAGCUAUAGCCAUAAUCCGUUCUUAUGCAAAGAUUUUAACUUAGGUGAAUCUGGCAAUCUAGUGGGCGGGGGCGGUACCGGAACUGGAGGAGGGGGUGGUUUCGGAGGCGGUGGUGGUGGAGGAGGAGUGGGUCAUGGAGGAAGUGCUGGAGGUUAUGGAGGAUCAAGUGGUGGAGGAUCCGGAGGAUUUGGAAGUGGUAAAGGAGGCAGCCUUAUCUUAGGCGGCGGGGGAGGAGGAGGUCUUGGAGGAGGCUUCGGAGGCGGCGGUGGCCUUGGCGGAGGCGGUGGAGGAUAUGGAGGCAGUGGAGGAGGUGGUUCAGGAGGCAGCGGAGGAUACGGGGGCGGCCCGGGAGGAGGAUAUGGAGGUAGUGGAGGUUGCUCAACGUGCUCAGGAGGCGGCAGCAGCAGCGCAGAUGCUCAAGCGGCUGCCAAAGCUCACAGUUCUGCAUCCGCCACUGCAUCGGCUAGUGCUUCUGCAAAUGCAGGUUCAUAUGGGAAAUAAGUGUUGACGUCAUAAAACCAAUGGACCAUUACUGCAGUUUUAUAGACAAUAGGUACAUCUAACUGUAUUUCAUUUGUGAUAAUUUUUACAUACUGGCACUGUAAAUAAAGAUUUUUUUAAUAUGUGUAACUAGUAAUCAUCUCGAUACUUUCCUAUGACAUUCCCAAACAUUGGACUAACUUAAAAUUUUAAGCCAUGUAGUUUGUUACUUUGUAAGUACAGGUUGUUCGGCUAUGGCUAUGGUGUAAACUGACCCUCCUUAUAAGUUUUUUAUGUGACCUUCCAACAGAAAAAGUUGUAUAUGAAAGGUCUAAUAUGAAGUUUCAAUAUAAUAUUUUUUUUAUUUUGUAUACAGGAAAAUGCUAUCGGAUAAAGUUUUUUUUAUAUGGAAUAAAUACCCUAUAUAUUUUUGGAGAAAA